CUAGAAUAUAGUCAUAAAUCUAUAAGAAAAUCUUUCGGCUUUUAAGAGGACAAGAAAAUUUAGAAAUACUGAAAAUGCUGGUAUAUCAGUGUAUCUGUGAACAGCACAUCGGCAAUGCGCAUGUGUGAACUAACGUCUGGAAAUUAGACGAGAAUCACCUUGAUCUUUUACUUCGUCUUUGGUUGUGAAUUCUGGGAAAACGGCCAUUUUUCGCUUAUAUGUUUUUAAGAAUUGAAGCACGUGUACGAUGAUAUUACUUUUUUAAUUGAACAAAGUUUUUCAUCUGGAUGACCAGACGCCCCCGCGGACACGCUUGAGGGCUUCCUUGCUGUCCUCCAUUGUCAAGUGGCCGUCUGGUGUGUAUGAAAGUAGGCAAUGUCCACCAUGGUGUAUCCGCGUGAAGAGGGCCUGGAGCGACUGAGCCAGGAUGAGAUCGUCCUCAACACUAAGGCUGUUAUGCAGGGCCUGGAGACGCUGCGUGGCGAACAUGCCCAGCUCCUCAACUCGCUGCUGGACUGCACCCAGCCACCUGUCGCCCAGGAGAAGUCUGGGCUGCUCCGCAAGAGUCUGGAGGCCAUCGAGCUGGGCCUGGGAGAAGCACAGGUGAUCAUCGCCCUCUCGAGCCACCUGAGCGCCGUGGAGUCGGAGAAGCAGAAGCUGCGUGUUCAGGUGCGCCGGCUCUGCCAGGAGAACCAGUGGCUGCGGGACGAGCUGGCGGGGACGCAGCACAAGCUGCAGUGCAGCGAGCAGAGCGUCGCCCAGCUGGAGGAGGAGAAGAAGCACCUGGAGUUCAUGAACCAGAUCAAAAAGUUCGAUGAUGACGUGUCGCCCUCGGAGGAGAAGAGCCAGAGCUCUGGUGCCACCGGCGGCGGCGGAAGUGGAGGAGACACUUCAAAGGACAGUCUGGAUGACUUGUUCCCCAACGAUGAUGACCAGGGACCAGCCCAGCCGAGCGGAGAGGUGGCAGCCCAGCAGGGAGGCUACGAGAUUCCGGCCCGCCUCAGGACGCUUCACAACCUGGUGAUCCAGUACGCCUCGCAGGGGAGGUACGAGGUGGCCGUGCCGCUUUGCAAACAAGCCCUGGAGGACCUGGAGAAGACGUCUGGGCACGACCACCCUGACGUAGCCACCAUGCUGAACAUCCUGGCCUUGGUGUACAGGGAUCAGAACAAGUACAAAGAAGCAGCUCACCUCCUGAACGACGCCCUGGCCAUCAGAGAGAAGACACUGGGAACGGAUCACCCAGCUGUGGCCGCAACCCUCAACAACCUGGCUGUUCUGUACGGAAAGAGGGGCAAAUACAAGGAGGCCGAACCUCUCUGCAAGAGAGCGCUGGAGAUCAGAGAGAAGGUGUUGGGGAAGUACCACCCAGAUGUGGCCAAGCAGCUGAACAACUUGGCCCUGCUGUGUCAGAACCAGGGCAAGUACGACGAGGUGGAGUACUACUACAGACGAGCCCUGGAGAUCUACGAGUCCAAACUGGGAGCCGAUGACCCCAAUGUGGCCAAGACUAAAAACAACCUGGCUACGUGUUAUCUGAAACAGGGGAAGUUCAAAGAUGCUGAGGCCCUGUACAAAGAGAUCCUGACCAGGGCGCACGAGAGGGAGUUCGGAUCUGUCAACAAUGACAACAAGCCAAUCUGGAUGCAUGCAGAGGAGAGAGAGGAGAGCAAGGGUAAGCGCAAGGACUCUGGACCGUACGUAGAGUAUGGAAGCUGGUAUAAGGCCUGCAAGGUGGACAGCCCCACAGUGAACACAACCCUCAAAAGUCUGGGGGCACUGUACCGUCGCCAGGGCAAACUGGAGGCAGCAGAAACACUGGAGGAGUGUGCCAGCAAGUCUCGUAAACAGGGUAUUGAUGCCAUUAACCAGAGUAAGGUGGUGGAGCUGCUGAAGGACGGGCGAGCCGGAGGGGGCGACAGGCGGCACAGCAGGGAAGGAAUGAACGGGCCGGGGGGACAGCGGGGGGAGAGCGAGGGCGACGACUCUGCCGAGUGGAACGGGGAUGGUAACGGGUCUCUGCGUCGCAGCGGCUCCUUCGGGAAGAUUCGCGACGCCCUGAGAAGGAGCAGCGAGAUACUGGUGAAGAAGCUGCAGGGGAGCGGACCUCAGGAGCCACGCAACCCAGGAAUGAAGAGAGCGAGCUCCCUCAACUUCCUGAACAAGAGCACUGAGGAGACCACACAGGACGCCAACUCCGGGUUCUCCGACUGCAGGGGACUGAGCGCCAGCAACGUGGACCUCUCCAGACGCAGCUCCCUGAUUGGUUAGACAGGAGAUGGGAGGCGGGACCCGGGGAGGCACAGGGCGGCCCGAUGAGGGGAGGCUGUUCGCAGCUUGGUUUGAUCAAACAAACACACCUAAAGCUCAAAGCGAGAUCAAACAUGCGCACCCACAGCAUAUUUUUUAAGAACGCUGAGGGGGAAAAAAGGAGCAUUACGCAUCACUAAACGUCAUUCUGUAAGACACGCCUGCUGCUGCUUUGCUGUACAAACCGCUGGCUUCGAUCGGAAAAGAGAAUAUUUAGAUACACAUUAAUCAGCAUGCUGCUUACUAGAAAGUGGAAUGUCUGCACCUGAACACCUCGUGUUUCUGACUCAUAGCACCGUAGCAAAGCCUCGCAUCCACAUCGUGGUGAGUCCGUCUCUUCAGCCUGCACUCUCACGUGCAGACGCUCAACCUUAGGUAGGCUAAGUGUACUCCGGUUUCAUUUCAGAGAGAAGCAUCGCUCUGUAUAUUCCACCAGUAGCAUGUGCACUAAUACCACACACAGUAAAACCGGUACGAUCUGCUGCAGAUGUUACCAGAGACAAGAGAGGCAUGACAACGAGAUCACAAUCAGUCUUUGAAUUUUCAGAAAACAUUAGCACUAACCAUUUAAACCUCACUUUUUGCCUUCUUGUUUUUUUUUCUUAAUGUAUAUACAGUUUUAAAUUAUUUGAUAUUUCAUUCUUUGUAUAUAGUGCACAUUGAUUUAUUUUUUUGUUUUUGUUUUUGUUUACACUCUAUUGGGUUAAAGAGGGUUUUGAGCUGGAGAAAACACUACUGACCUGAAGAGGGGAAGCCUGGAAACGAAAGAAGGAUGAAAGAAAACACUGAAGUGGGCACUUCACACUUUAUACGCUGAUAAAUUAAGUACCUCAGUCAGUCUAAACUCUAAUAAUGCACUUUGAGCGUGACAGUACAUGUGUAAUUUUCACUUUGUCCUCUGCUGAUCAGGCUUUCUGCAGAAAUCAGUUUUUCAAAUGAAUUUUCUCGGCAGCACAACGAAAAACAGGAAAUUCAUUUGGGAGUAAACCCACUAUUAAACCUCAGUAAUGUUGGCCAAACCCUCCUGGAUACGACCUUCAGCGUGUGGUACAGCAGGAAGUCAAAGUGAAGACCAGUCAUUACGUUCAGGUAGCUUUUCCCCCACAUCUCCCACAAAACACAGUCACAAGUAUGAAAGAUAGUGAAGGAAAAUGCUGUGAAAGACAUAUUUCAGUAUAAUUUGUUUACAAUCAUUAAACCUGGAUGUUCAAGGAGUAAUCAAACCUCAUUUAAAAAUGUGGGGAACAAUCUUUAAUCGCUGGUUCAAAGCUGAUGCAGUGCGUCAGGUAUGUUUAUGUAAAUUGUUUUUCCUUCAUUUACUGUUGACUGCAAAACAAUCCUCAGUGUUCCGUUUUCAAUGCUGACCUGGAUGGAAUCGAACACUUACGACAUUCGUUGACCAUCCAUCCUCAAGGAGUUUUGUCACGCUGAUGUGUUUUGUUUUUUUGUUGUUUUUUUUUUUUUUCCCCGUUUUGGCUCUGAGCUUUUAUGUUGAAGGUACUGAAAACUGAGUAUUUGAAUGUCACAUUUCACGUUGAUUGUGCGGUCUGGUGGCGUUCACACUGGAUUUUUGUGCUGCAUUGUUUGCAGGUGGGGAGUUUAACUCCACCUGAAUAAGACCAACUCCAAGAGACCUGCCCACAGAAUGUACACGUCUCAUUAAGUGGAAAUCGGUGAUGAUGGGAUUGUCAAGGAUCCACCUUUCUGAUGGGUCUUCUUUUCUAAGUUUUCCUCCAACUUGCUUAAAUUUUAAAGCCAAAAAAAAAGGUUCAUCCUUGACAACCCAAGUUUGAUUUCAAAAAGGCGAAGCUGCAGGUUCGUUGUGCAGGCACUUUGCCAAGGACGGCGCAUGCACACCAUCGCCACGAGCCGUGACGAACCCGCAGUCGCACAUUUUUGAAAUCCCCCCCUCGAUUAUGCCUCAUCGCUGAGUCAAAACAACAAGUGUUAACUAUUUAUCAGCUUCUGAUUGUGCUGAAUGUGCGAGCUGGAGCAGGUUUUGGAUAGAAAAGGGGAAGUACGUGCAUGAGGGGGAAGGAACGAGUAAAGUAAGUGUGUAUUAUUGGUGAAAGAAUGAAAAAUGCUCCAGAGAGACUUUAAAAGUGCUUUAAGUGUCGUUCGCAGCAAAUAAUGUACAGAUUUAUCCGUGUACGACAUUUAUAUGUGUGUUUACUGGAUGUCCCACACGCACACACACACACACACACACUCGACAAUGAUGGGAAAUUCCUUUCAUCACACACACAAUCACAACACCGUAUAGCUGUGUACAUAAGUUAACGUGACACUGAUUUGUAGUUGAAGGUCUCUUUUCCAGCUCUACACGCUGUACUGUAACACCAAUACUAAUCAAUCAUUUACUGUAUUAAUCAGGCACUUAUUCACCCUCGGGUUAGUUUUUCUAGACUUUCUCACGCAUCUCAGACUCCGUAAUUGUAUGAACGUUAGCAAAAAUCAAUAAAACAUCUGAGAGAAAAAUAAAAACCCAGGAGCUGCAGCAAAGCGAUUAUUUUCAUUGUCAUUUAAUCGAUUGGUUGUUUGAUCUGUAAAAUGCCAGCAAAUGAUCUUUGUCCACAACCCAAAGGCAUUCAGAGGACUAAAAUAAAGAAAUUUUUAUUUUUAAGAAAAAAAUUGGCUACUAAUUAGUUGACAAUCGAUUUAAUGAGCUAAUCUGGCAGCUCUUCUGCUCUCCUCCGGUUGUAAAUAUUCAUCCUGAAUCUCUUUUGAUUUUGAUCCAAAGCUGAAAUGAGAAAUCUUAAAGUUGUUUUUCUGGCAUCCAAAUAUUUAUGGGGUUCAGCACAUUUACUCAGAGCCGUGGAUGGUAAAUGUUGUGGCUACGAGGGUCUUGUACACGUGUCAUUUCAGCUCGUGUUAUUGCUGACGAUUGGAUGGAUCUUAUUGUGAAGGGGCAGACCGAAUGUGUAUUUUAUCAAAGGUUCAAUAAAUGCAAAUUCCACUUUUCAAACUGA